GUGAGCGCCGCGCGCGAAGAAGCGGCUGUUGGGAAGCUGCCGUGCGGCCAGGAUGCGUUCGCUCUCCGCCGUGCUGAACCCGCUGCUCGCGCUGCUGCUCUUCGGGUGCUACCCGUCCACGACCAUCGGGCCCCAGGAGGGCUGGCAGGUCUACAGCUCGGCUCAGGAUGCUGAUGGCCGCUGCAUCUGCACAGUGGUGGCUCCCGAGCAGAGUCUGUGCUCCCGUGACGCCAAGAGCCGACAGCUCCGCCAGCUGCUGGAAAAGGUACAGAACAUGUCCCAGUCAAUAGAAGUGCUGAAUUUACGAACACAGAGGGAUUUUCAGUACGUCAUGAAAAUGGAGAAUCAGAUGAAAGGGCUGAGGACUAAAUUCAGGCAAAUUGAGGCUGACAGGAAAACACUGAUGACCAGAGGUUUUCAGGAGCUGAAGGAAAAGAUGGAUGAGCUGCAGCCCUUGAUUCCAGUCCUGGAACAGUACAAGACAGACGCCCGUCUCAUCUCACAAUUUAAGGAGGAGGUGCGCAACCUGUCAGCCGUACUGACGGGCAUCCAGGAGGAGAUUGGCGCCUACGACUAUGAGGAGCUCAGCCAUAGGGUGCUCCGCCUAGAGAGCCGGCUGCGAGAGUGCAUGGGUAAACUGACGUGUGGAAAGUUAAUGAAGAUCACUGGACCUGUAACGGUAAAGACAUCUGGAACGAGAUUUGGCGCGUGGAUGACAGAUCCCCAGGCUUCCUCCAAAAACAACAGGGUUUGGUAUAUGGACAGUUACACCAACAACAAGAUUGUUCGUGAGUACAAAUCAAUGGCAGACUUUGUAUCAGGGGUGGAGUCCAGAACCUACAACCUUCCAUUCAAAUGGGCUGGAACUAACCAUGUGGUCUACAAUGGCUCCCUGUACUACAACAAGUACCAGAGCAACAUCAUCGUCAAGUACAGCUUUGAAACGGGCCGUGUCCUGGCUCAGCGGGCGUUGGAGUAUGCUGGUUUCCACAAUGUCUACCCAUACACCUGGGGGGGCUUCUCAGACAUUGACUUAAUGGCUGAUGAGUUGGGCCUGUGGGCUGUGUACGCCACCAAUCAAAACGCCGGCAACAUUGUCAUCAGCCAGCUGGACCCGGACACCUUGGAGGUCCUGAAGACCUGGAACACAGAAUACUCCAAGAGGAACGCGGGCGAGUCUUUCAUGAUCUGCGGGACACUGUACAUAACCAACUCCCACCUUACUGGGGCCAAAGUCUACUACUCCUAUUCCACAAAGACAUCUACCUAUGAGUACACAGAUAUACCUUUCCACAACCAGUACUUCCACAUGUCCAUGCUCGAUUACAAUGCUAGGGACAGGGCCUUGUAUGCUUGGAACAAUGGCCAUCAGGUGCUUUUCAAUGUCACACUUUUCCACAUCAUCAGAACCACCGAUGACUCAUAAGGGUCAUGCUUCACAGUGGAGUACCAACAUUUGUGACGAGACAUUUGUACCGAGAUUGCGUUUUCCUCUGAAAUGGACCACAUUUACCUUCUCAAUCCCUGAAAUAAGGCCUUUUAUAUUGUUUGCUUUGAAAGGACAUUCAAAUUGCACUGGAACCACUGCAGAAACAUCAGAUGAUUGAGAGAAUUACAUACAUUUCCCUUCCACCUUUUCUAGUCAUAACUGUCCAAACUUGUAAGCCUUACUUACUGCUUUUUGUUGUGUAAGCCAGAGGCUAUCAACAGCUUGUUUGCAUGAAUGGAAAAUUCUGUCAGCAAUUACUAUGAUAAAUGUAUUUCAGUUACACUCAUUGAAUUAUUUAUUUACUUGAAAGUUUAAAGGAUCCCUGAACAAACUGCCAAAUUUGUCCUUAAAAAGACAGGAGGUUCAUAGAUGUCUUAAGAGCAAAAACAAGACUCCUUUGGGAGAAUCAAGACAUAGUUAAAAAAAAUUAUUUUUAAUUUGUGAAAUGAUUUACUUCCUAAAAGUUUGUACAAAUUAUUUUUACAUGCCAUUGCUCUCUUUCAGUUGAGAAUAUAUUUUUUUAUGUAAAAAAGAGGAAAAUUGUCUAAUAGAAAUAACCAUGUGUUUUGUUGAACAGAAGAUUGUGUAAGUGACAUGAAAACAGCCCUUGGAACUUGAAGACACUGAACUCACAUUCAUAUGACCCCAAAAAAAGACAGUGUAGUAAUAAUGUGUUUACAUUGUUUUUUUACUCCCUUGUGUUUUCAUUCAUUUGUCAAAAUGGGUAUUAUUGUUAUACCUUCAAACCAAGAAGGUUAAACACAGCCGUCUUGCGUGUUUUAUUUCUUGCUUUGACUGUUACGAAGUAGCCACUGGUCACCUGCUGUCAUUUCCCGUUUAAGAAAAAUUACCACACUGAGUAUCAGAGAUUUAUAGACGUGCCGAAGCUGUCCAGUAAA